AUGGUGCAACAACUUUUGUCCUUUAUCUCUGAUUGUGCUGUGAUUGCAGGUGAUGAAGACGCAUGGACAUGGAUUGCAUCUCCGGCAGGGUGCUACACCACAAAAUCAGCCUACUCGGCCAUUUUCGCGAGAGGUUGUGACACAGCGGCUUUACAUAGUCCAUCGGAGAUGAUUUCGAGAGUUUGGAAAACACCGGCGCCUCAGAAAGCAAUCAUCACGGCCUGGAGACUUCUUAAAAACAGACUCGCCACCUGCGAUAAUCUGGAAAAGAGGAAGGUGACGCUUGGAGACGAUGAGGUCAGAUGUAAAUUCUGCAAAAGCCAAAUGGAUACGAUUGACCAUCUGUUCCUCCUUUGUUCGAAAAUCGCGGAGCUUUGGGAUGAGAUACAGAAAUGGCUGGGAUUCACCACAGUUAGACUCAAUACGGCAAGAAGACACUUCGAGACAUUCGUUGAUCUGGAAAGUGGAAAGAAGAACAUGAAGUUUCUUAUGAUGGUAUGGGUGUGCUCCAUUUGGAUGCUGUGGAGACGUAGAAACGAAUGCAGAUUUGAUGACGACGACUGGGAUUGUAAAACCGUCUUGUCGGAUAUUAAGCUGGGCGUGACUACGUGUUGUAUGCCGAUCGAUUUCCAUCACCGGAGAACAGUUCCGACGAGCGAUUUGCAGAGAUUCGCGGCUAAUGGCUAUGGCUUCUCUUUAAGUGAUUGGGGCCAACAUUUGUAUGGACUUGACUCAAAAGCCACACCCAUCAAGACUCUCAAGUCAAGCAAGUCUUCCAUUAAUUUGUAUGGACGACUUGACUCAAAAGCCACACCCAUCAAGACUCUCAAGUCAACCAAGUCUUCCAUUAAUUUGUAUGGAAAUAACAUCUACCCAGGACUUGACUCAAAAGCCACACCCAUCAAGACUCUCAAGUCAACCAAGUCUUCCAUUAAUUUCUAUGGACGACUUGACUCAAAAGCCACACCCAUCAAGACUCUCAAGUCAAGCAAGUCUUCCAUGGAGAAAAAGAUUUAUUGCAUAUUUGCUUAUGCAUUCCUAAUCACCAUAACCUUCCCAAUGCUUUCUUCUGAAUCCAAACAGCCUAUGAGCCUUGCAACUGAUCAAACUGCCCUUCUUUCACUCAAACAUACAUCUCUUUUACUUGCAACUAAUUGGACCAACUCCACCUCCGUCUGCACCUGGAUUGGCGUCACUUGCAGCUUGCGCCACCACAGAGUAGCUGCCUUGAAUCUCUCCAACAUGGCUCUCUCCGCCACCAUUCCACCGCAGCUCGGACACCUCUCCUUCCUCGUCUCCCUCGACCUCACCAACAACCUUUUCUAUGGAGAUUUGCCACAGGAACUGUCUCUCCUUCGCCGUUUGAAGUUCAUAUCUUUCCAACUCAACAACUUCACCGGAGACAUCCCUCCGAUGUUGGGUCAGUUACCAAAAUUAGAGCACUUGAAUUUACGCAACAACAGCUUCAUAGGUUCCAUCCCAAAAUCGCUCUCAAACCUCACAAACCUACAAUUUCUUGAGUUAUCUUCCAAUUCUCUAAGUGGAGAAAUUCCAAAAGAGUUGGGAAGACUUCAAAGUCUACAAGCUCUAUCUGUUCAAUUCAAUCGUCUAUCCGGUGCUAUACCAUCAGCCAUAUUCAACAUCUCGACCCUUGUAUCUAUGGCCUUCACAUACAAUGAAUUGAGUGGAAGUCUUCCAACAGACAUCUGCAGUAAUCUUCCGUCUCUUACUGGGAUUUAUCUUUCUUCUAAUCAGCUGAGUGGCGCGAUUCCCACAAAUCUAUCCCAAUGUUCACGGCUUGAGGUGUUGGGCCUCUCUUACAACUCUUUUAGUGGGGAGAUACCUUCAGAAAUCGGCUUCUUAACAUCUCUUCAGGAUUUAGCUCUUGGUGGCAACAAUUUGAAUGGAAUACUACCACAUGAGAUUGGCCAUCUUCAAAGUCUGGUUGCUUUUGGUGCUGAACGGAAUGAGAUUGCUGGCUCAAUCGAUUUCAAUAUUUUCAUUAAUAUGUCUUCUCUGCAAACCUUAGCACUAGGGCGUAACAAAUUCACGGGGAACCUUUCAAGGGAUGUCAGGAAUAUUACCAUGCUAACAAAUUUGGAUCUCUCGGAAAACCAUUUUACAGGGCUAAUUCCCACUGAAUUUUGCCAACUUUACCAUUUGGAGACAUUAGUAUUAAAUUGGAACAGCCUUCUGUCGGGAACUUAUCUUCCUCUCUUCGGGAAUUCGAUGUCAACAACUGCAAAUUCAGUGGCAGCAUUCCUGUUGAAAUAG